ACUGUGAAGAUGUAAUUCAAAAUAGGCUUAUGAAGUAUUUCUUUCCUUUCAUUGUAAUUGUAACUAACUCUUAGAUAUAGUUUAUGAUUUGUUUAUGACAGGGACCAUGGUAACUUAAAUCCUUAAUCGAAUUUGAGUCUCCAUUUGGAGUGCAGAUAUGGAGUGUGGAUUAUGCACUAUUCUGCUAUGGAGUUGUUAAAAGCUGAGGUUUUCAAACUGGGGUCUGGGGACCCCAACUGGCCAAAAGUGGUUGCUAGGGUGUCAGAAAUAGCCAUAGUCUCUCCUUGUUUCUAGCUAGCCCACUGGGGAUUGUAAGGUAACAUUUGCCUUUAAAGCUGCUUUUGGAACCACAUUUGUGUGAAGAGCACUAUAUUUGAAUUGAAUUAAAAUGUUUCUCUUCAGGUAUAUACAUCUUACAUUUCUAUAGAAGUGGACAGAAAAAUAAGAAACAGAGACCACUUACUACAAAGUUAAUAUUUAUCCAGAUAACAUUUUAAUAAUUUCUUUUGACUUUAUAACAAUAGAAAUACCUAUGUUGUUUUUAUUAUAUCAUACGCUUAUGUAAUACUGCUUGUAUAAUAUAAUGCAGUUUGUGCAGUAAAAUUGGUUUAAAGGAAUAGUUCAUCAUUUACUCACACUCAUGACAUCCCAGAUGUGUAUGACUUUCUUCUGCAGAACGCAAAAUAUUUUUAGAAAUAUAUCUCAGCUAUGGCCAGAACUUCAAAAGCUCCAAAAAGCACAUAAAGUCAUCAUAAAAGUAAUCCAUACGACUUCAGUGGUUAAAUCUAUAUCUUCUUAAGUGAUAUGAUAGGUGUGGGUGAAAAACAGAUCUUUAAUUUUUUAUGAAUCUCCACUUUCACUUUCUUCUUUUGUUUUUGUCGAUUUGCAUUCUUUGUGCAUAUCGCCACCUACUGGGCAGGGAGGAAUUUAAAAGGACUAAUGAGAUAGUUAAACCAAAAAUGUAAAUUCUCAUAUCAUUAUCUGACCCUCAAGUCAACCUAGAUGACUUUUAUUCUUCAGCAGAACACAAAUUAAGAUUUUUACAAGAAUAUCUCAGCUCUGUAUGUCCUCACAAUGCAAGCGAAUGGUGGCCAGAACUCUAAAAGUCCAAAUAUCACAUAAAGGCAUCAUAAUAAUAAUUUAGUGGUUUAAUCAAUGUCUUCUGAAGCAAUCCAAUCAGUUUUGGGUGAGAACGCCUGUUAACCCCUGGUUUAGAGAACAUCCAGGACCACAAUUUUAAGCACAGAUUCUAUUAGAGCAAUAAUCACAUUUUACUACCAGUCCAGGACACAGUGUCAAUAAUAAUGCAUAGUUAUCACUUUUCUCACAUAUUUUAUGGAACAUUUCAUUUAACUUUAAAAACCGCAAAACGAUAGAGUUAAGCUUUGUUACACUUCAUAUUUUUGCAGUACAUUUGAACAAUAGCCUGAAUGAUGAUAUAGGUUGGAAGUUUAGUAGACCCGAAGCUCUCUGAUGUACUGUUGUCCAAUAAAAUGUAUCUAAAUAUGAUCAAACAUCUAAUUUAUAUAAGAAGCAAAAUGACCAAAUAUGUUUGGUUCAAAGGGAAAGGAAUAUAAUUUUCCAUACCUUAUUGACAAAUCGUUUUUUCUUGUUUUAAGCAUGAAUCCCACCAAAUGAUUAUUAGAUUCAGUUGAAAACAAGACAACAUAUAUUAUACAUUUCUGCUUCUCAAGUCUGAUGAUACACCUUUUUUGACAUUUUGUGGUGCCUCUUCAUGCUCAGCUGCACAAUAUAUCCAGACAAAUCAAAUGAUAAAGACAAAUAAUAGCAAAAAAACAGGGUUACCACAGUCAUGGAAAACAUGGAAAUAAUGCCUGAAAAGUCAUGGAAAACUAUAUAGUGAAUAUACAGGACAUUGGUCUAGGUAUGCUACACAAAACCAUUACCAAACCAGUCUAAAUCAUAAUAUGAUAUAUUGUCCCUUGAAAAGUUGAUAAUUCUCUCCAACAAUGGCAGCUAUGUCUUAAAUGGACAAAGCAGCAUUUCUGCAUUUCUCUUAAUUAUCUUUUUGGAUCUGACACUUUUAUUAAAUCAGAUUCGUUUGUUUUUUAUAUUGUACUUUUUUGUAUUAUUUUGUAUUUUUACUUGUUAUAUGUGAUGUUUCAAAAUAAGACACUAUAACAAGUUCACUGCAAGUUUUUAAUGUGUUCAAAAUGUUAAUUUUCACAGAAUGGUUAGACUCUACCUUUGCCCUUAGCACGAGUUGAAGCCAAAGUUCACCAAGAGAGAGGGAGAGAAAGAGAGACAUAGUGACAGAGUAAGGGAGGAAGGAAUGAAGGGGAAAACAAGUUAGGAAAAAAAAAACACAUUUCAAAGUAACAGAGCAACAGGUGUCUAGACAUCACACAGGAGCACAAAUAGAGGAACACUACAAAAUGAGGAAGGAAAAAUGAAAUCUUCGCAUAAGAUCUUAAUCAAGAAGAGAGACAACUAAGCUCCAAUUCUGGAAACAGGUACAUUUUGGAAUGAGAACAAUAUAGUUUUGGCUUCUACAUUAUGUGUGUGCACAUCACAACUGUUUGCACAACGAUGUGUGUGUUUGUAUUCGAUUGCUUUCUGCGACACAGACAAAGUUUGUGAUUCCCUUUCCUUGUGUGUAUGCGCACACAUAGGUGCCUUCUCCAAGAUCUGGGACCAAGUCAGAGGAACAACGGCUGCUGAGACACCUGAAAACGUGAGAUGAAUGGAAGAGAUGACAGGAGAGCCGGAGGAGAACGAAGUAGCCAACUGUCAGCCUUGCAAGAGCAGCUGGUCUGGUCUCUACUGGGCUCAGGGUUAUCGAAGGAGCUGCUGAUCCAGGCCAUGGGAGAUCUGGAGAGGGAGCAGGCUUUAGCCGGAGUGCAGAGAGCAGAUCGGGCUGAUGGAGAGAGCUCGGAGGAGGGAGAGAUGGACAAUCCACCGCCCAUAUUCCGUGAGCUGGAGGGGCUGCCACCGGAGGAGAAUGCGAGACAGAGAGGUCAAGUUGACCGUCUGUUGCAAGAGGAUUCUUGGCAUGUAGCUAAAAUGGUGAAGAGCUACAUGCAGCAGCACAAUCUACCCCAGAGAGAGGUGGUAGAGUCCACCGGUCUCAACCAAUCACAUCUCUCCCAACACCUCAACAAGGGCACACCCAUGAAGAAUCAAAAACGUGCCAUGCUGUAUAGCUGGUAUGUCAAGAAACAGGCAGAGAUUAGCCAACUAGAAUUCACCAACGCCAGUCGAGGUGAGGAAUCUGGGGAGGAUGGCCGAAAGGGACGGAGAAAUAGAUUCAAAUGGGGCCCUGCCUCCCAGCAAAUCCUUUUCCAGGCUUAUGAACGACAGAAGAACCCCAGUAAAGAGGAGAGGGAGGGAUUGGUGGAGGAGUGCAACAGAGCAGAGUGUCUACAAAGGGGAGUGUCUCCUUCUCAGUUAGCUGGUCUGGGCUAUAAUCUGGUGACAGAGGUACGUGUAUAUAAUUGGUUCGCCAAUCGGCGCAAGGAGGAGGCAUUUCGCCACAAACUUGCACUGGACACGGCUUACAACAGCCAAUCAGCACCCUCCACAGGCCAGACUCUACCAUCCAGUCCUUCACCAGGUCUUAAAUACACAAGGGACAGGGGUGGUGGAGGUCGUAUCGGAGCCAGUCCAGUCCAGCUAGUACCCAGCCAUACACUCUUGGACACGCACCACCACAAACCAGCUUCAGGAGGGGGUUCCUUACCUCCUGUUAGUACUCUCACUUCUUUGCAUGGAGUGUCAGGAUCCUCAAAUGCCCAUCAAGGACUGAUUAUGGCCUCGCUACCAAGUGUAGUGAGUCUGAGGGACUCCUCACUUCUCAUAGGCUUGACAUCCUCCCAAACACAGACAGUCCCUGUGAUCAACAACAUGGGUGGUGGGUUUACUACCCUCCAGCAAAUCUCGUUUCAGCAGCAGCUUCAUACCGGUCCUCAGCAGCCAAUAGCACAGCAGCUUCAGGGUCACAUUAGCCCUAGCUCAUUCAUGACAACAAUGGCCCAGUUGCCAGUAAGUCACAUGUACAGCAAGGCAGACCUGACCUGUUACCCCUCCUCUAGUCUCCUGUCCCAGGCUAUGGUCAUUGCAGACAGCAACAGCAUUGGAACGCUGACCAACCUCACAGCUAUUCGCCAGAUUCUCGCCUCAGAUCCCGAGGAUCACACAGACACUCCCAGUGAAGAUGAGUCUUUACACCUGCAAUCCACUUCUCCAGAGCCAGUGUCUUCGGGCAGUUUGGAGCUCUACCCUCAGAUGAGCGAGACCCAUCCUUCUCACCUGCUCUCCUCUUCACCAGGGGACAUAGACCCUUACAACCCUACACAGAUGGUCUCUACUGCACAAUAGCUGUGGGUACAGAUGGCAAUCCCACUUCAAAACAUGGAAGAAAGCUGCUGAGAUUAUUUCAGAUAGAAGGAAUGAUGCUGAUCCAUAUGAGAAAAGCGAACUUUUUAGAUGCAUCAGAAAGAGAAAAAAACUGAUGACAUAUGAAAUAUGUCACCACAUGCUGCCUAACUAUUCUCAAAUAUUUUAUGAAGUUUGUGGAAAUAUAUGUAAAUUACACUCCUGAGGGGACAAUUUCGUCUUGUUUAAUCCAGAUUAAUAUACUAAAUUAUUUUGUGGACAAGUAGAAGCUUUAGGUUUCAAAGUAUGUCACUGUCAUUCAUUUAGAGAACUGGGCAUCGAAAUUGAAAUGUGCUAGAAAUUUGUAUCUAGUCAAUCUGAUAAUUAAUGAAAAAAAGAUGAAAAAUUUAUAAUAAAAAAAGUCAAGGGUCAUAGCAUGAACACUUGUUCAUUCCUGAUGAGAAACAGGUUUUCUUUGAAAUCAGUGCUGUUACUGUAUAAUAAUCAUAAUAAAAUAUAAAAAAUAUAUAUAAUUUCAACUUCUGUUUAAACACAAAUUAUAAAGUCUUUC